ACUUGUUAGAAUCAAUCACGACGUAAGCGCGGUGAUUCGGAACUCGGCGUAUCUUUGCUAGUUUUCUGGCAUUUGCUUUGGGAAGAAUCAAUGUCUCAUUCCCCUGGCGACAAGGUUUUCGCUAAGAUCAAAGGAUUCCCCAACUGGCCUGCUAGGGUAAACCCCCUUCCACAUGAUGUACAAAUACCCAAAGGAAAACUUCCUAUAUUUUUCUAUGGAACUUAUCAAGUUUCGUUUGUUUCCGUCAAAAAUAUUGUUCCUUACGAGAAAUUUAAAGAUAAGUGGGGAAAGCCAAAGCCAAGCUCACAGUUCAUGGCAGCUAUGAAUGAAAUCGAAUCUAAUCCAGGCAUCUAUAUGUUGGGAGAGGAUCCUAGAGCUGAGAAUUUUCUGCACCAAUUUUACGACUUCAAACCAAUAGGUAGUGAAUGUGUUCGCCAAUACAAACGUCAGUAUUCCAGGAAGUCAAAAGUUGACAAUGACCAACCACUCAGUACUACUAAACGAGGGACAAGUAGUAAUGAUCAAAUAAAUCGUGUCAGUGAUGAUACAUCGAGUGAAAUAAGCACAGAUCAAUCGAGAGUCAAUAGCUUAGACCCAGCUCCUGAAGAUAGUAAUGAUGAAGAGACAUUGAUAGAUGAUAAAAAUCAUCACUUACAGUUUAAUAAUUAUCAGCAAGUGGAUAUAAGUUGUCCGGAGUUGCUUAGCCCUAGUUCAACAAUUGAUCAUCCAUCUGAUGAAAAAGAUUCUUAUCAAGAGAAUAGAGAAGCUCGUCGACUUGCUCGUAAAAUGCAGAAAAAAGCUGAGAAAAAAGCUUUAAAGAAGGCUGCUAAGCGAGAGGCAAAACGAUUAGCAAAAGAGAAACGAGCUGAAAGACGUGCUCGACGAGAAGCUAAACGUGAAUUAAAACGUCUUCAUAAACUGGAAAAAUGUCGUUUAACGGAACAAGAAAGUUUAGAUUUUGAUGUUCAAGAAUCGAAUACGAGAAAUCCUGACGUUAACCUAGAGAGCUCUAGUAAUCAUGCAUGGGAUGAAAAUCACUGGUCUUCUGCUUCUCAUUCUGAGCCUGUUCAAACUAAUGAAGAUUCUACCGACUCCAGUUCUAACAAACCCAUCGUGCCUACCUUGGAGGAUAAAUGUGCCAACCCGCUUCAAUUCAUACAUCAGCCUAAUGAUGAUGAUGAUGGUAUAUUUUCAAAUCAUCAAAAUGACAACUCUUCUUCCGAUGGAGAACUUUUAACUAAAGAAAUGAAGUUCUCAAACAUUACACCUUCAGAAUAUGAUAAACACGAAUAUUCUAUUGGAAAUAAACGCACAGGAAUAUUUUUACAUUCUGAUGAAAGCGAUAAUGAAAGUUCUCAACUAUUAAAUGGGGCAAUGAAAUUGGAAAGUAGUGAAAUUCCUCCGAAGAAAAAAGCUAAAACAGAAUUAAUUAACGAUAAUGAUGAUGAUGACGACAGAAUGUGUCAUUCUGAAAUGAAAAUUAUGUCAUCAUCAAAAUCAACUGGUCAUCACUCUCAAACGAACAAUGAACAAGAUGUCAAACAAUCAGUAGCAGUAAACGAAGCUACUGACUUAUUGACAGUUGAGGGGUUUAACAAUUCAAAAUCACCUGUUUCUGAACUUUUAUCGGAUGCUGUCACUAAACGUGGAGUCGUCACUACUACUACUAGUAAUAAUAAUAAUAAUAGUAAACAAAAGAAGUCUGAACAACAUCGUUCUCGUUUACGUAAAAAGAAACCUAUCUCUAUAUCACUUGAUUCAGAUGAAGAUGAAAUAAAUCCUGAAAAGAAAGUAAUCAACCUACAUGAUUCCUCAUCAUCAUCUCCAUCACCUUUAUCAUCAUCAAAUGAUUCUGACAUAGAGAAUUCAAAGAGCAAAGACCAACUAUCUUCACAGUUGAAAGAGAAAAGUCGAGAUUCUUCACCAAAAUCCUCAACAAUAAACAAAUCAAAUCGACCUAGAAAAUCGAGAAAUCAAAAAUCUAAUCAAAAAACUAAUAAUAAUAAUAAUUUGAAAAUGAAAAGCAAACAAUCAGAAGUCAAACAGACUACCGCAUCAAAUACCAGUGUACGAGAUGAAAAAAGAGCCUCUAACGAUUCAAGUGGUAUUCGUCACGUUACACCAUCGAAUGAUCCUGUCACUCAAUUGAAUCAAUGCUGUCGUGACCUAAAAACCAGUCUAAUCAAAGGUCAUGAGAAUUUUGUCGAAGCGGUACAAUUAUUGAAUAAGGUUCGUUCUAUCCCUGUUCGACUUCCUCAGUUAGCUGAAGCUUGGGAUCUUAUGGAUUGUAUUAAAAAAUGUCGACGGUAUAAACUGUCAAGUGAAGUUCGUGAAGCUGCUCAAACAACAUUUCAAUUUUUUCAAUCUUUACAAGCAAAUACAACCAAAGAAGAGCUCUCUAAAGCACAAGCACUAAUUGCAUCUCAUCAAAAUCGUAUUCAUUCAAUUCAAGAUUCUGUAAUAGAAAGUACUUCAAAAACUGAUUCACUACCUACUUCCACUGAUGUUCAUAAUAAACAAACAUUACAAAAUAAUACAAAUUCAAAUAAUAAUUCUGAAUCAUCAUCGAAUCAUGCCACCGACACUAAUACCAAUACAACUACUACUAUUACAAAUGAACCUGAAAAUUUAACAGCUGAUUUAGAAGCAAAAGUCGAUGAUGUCCUAUCACGAAUACGUGCAACAGAAGAACGAAUGGCUGCUGCUGCCGUUUCAUCUACACGAUCUGAUACACCAUAUAAAUCUAUAUCUAAUCAUGUAACCAAUUCCUCGAUAAGAUCUACAGGAGGUCGAACAAUCAGAGCAUCGGCCGUCGCUGCAGCCACUGCCCAUAUGCAUGAUGAAGAAGAUGAAGAAUCUGUCAUGUCGCGUGUUGAACAAGUGGCCGCUUACGAGGCAGGCGCAAUAGAUUAUUCAAAUUCAGCUAGUUUAGGGUCUCCACCCCCGCCUCCGCCUCCCCCGCCAUCAUUAUCUUUUAGCUCUGUUGGUCCGUCUGACCAACUUGAAGCAAAAACAUCCCCUAGUGUUGACCACUUAGAUCUUGAUUCACGUAUACAGUUGUUUAUGUCGGCAGCUAGUUCACAAAAAUCUGUUAAGUCCUCUAACUCAAACCCUAUAAUCAGUGUAGGUAAAUCAGAAAUGACACCUAAAGCACAAUCUCAUCAUAUUCAGCAGAAUUCAACCUCAUCGACAUCGUCAUCCUCUACUUCAUCUUCUACACUUCCAUCCACAUCAUUAUCAUCAUCUAGCCUAUUACCAGUUCUUUUAGCUAAACGUAAACUAAUAGCAGAUAAAUUAGCUGCAGUUAAAGCAUCUGGUUCUCCGAUUAAAUCAUGUCAUCCUGUCACUUCACCAUUACCAUCACCAUUAUCCAAUAAUAAUGAAUUAAAUAUUGUAGAUAAAUUAUCCUCUUCAAUUAUUACUACAACCAUCACUACUACUCCUACUACUACUAUUCAUACACCUCCAUUAUCGACCAAAAGGUUGAAUACUGCAAAAAUGCCUUCGAAAGAUGAAGAAUUGUAUGAUUUAUUAGAUAUUUGUUGAAAUGGAUUCUGAUAAAAACACGUAUCAACAUUGAAACGAUACCAUGGAAAUAUGUUUUUUUUAUAUUCAUGGAAAUAUUUGAUAAGUCGGUUAGCAACUAUGUGUUGAGUCUGCUUCCGGAGAACUUCAACGGAGCCCCCAGAGGUCCAAAAAGGAGCCGGAGAGCCCUAACCAAUCAGAGUAUGAUGGAACAUUCUAGAAUUCUAACGUGGCGUGUUACUAUUGGUCGGUAGCAUAAUAUGUCGUUAAUGGAUUGGCUGAAAUAUCAUGUUGAUUUAACAGACGCUAACAUCUAUAAAUACCCAUGAUUUUCUGUACAAAACGAACCCAGGAGUAAAGUGUUUCUCUCAUACUUGCGUCUUCUCUCUGGUGUUCAAGUCGCUGAGUAGUUCUAGCCUGUGGGUUACCAGAAUAGCUUAGGAAACGAAUAUAGCGUUCAAUCGACGAGACGUAUCAGAUACUAUCUAUACUCACGUCAUUGGCAAAUCGAUUCACGUAUUCGAACCAUAAGAAAAUCAAUUAUCGUUUGUUUUCUAUAAAUAUUUAUACAGUAUAUACUACUAACACUACUACUACUUUAGUGAACAGGAACACUGGUGGGGACAAUCAAAUGUAAUUAAGCACAAAUCACAGACUAUCUCAUUGCAAACUGACAACCAUACAGCAAACAGUUAAUUGGCAAACUAUCAAUCAAUUGUCUCCAUCUUCACUGUUUCUUCUGUAAAUAUCAGUUCAUCUUCGCUAAUUCCACUGUUCAUGCAUUUUCCUACCAAUUGCGCUUCAUUCCUGUUCUUUCCUUACCAAUCUUCUGCCGAAAUACAUUCUAUGUCUGACCAUCACCAUAUACUACUUAUAUGGAUAUAAGUAGACCACACUACACUACUACUAUGUAUUUGAAAUUAUUCUCAUGGUAACAUUAUUAUCAACAGUUAUAGGCAUCAAGUUGAAAAGAUUAAGAAUCCGUUAUGAUAACGUAGAUAAAUGUUUAUCAUGUUUGAUUUUGUUUAUGACCUUGAAUUCCAGCAUUUAAUGGUGUAUACAUUUCUUACUUCAUGUUUUCAUAUCUUAUUCCUAAUGUUUGUAUUUAUUAUUUUCAAUCUCUUAUGUAAUUAUGCUGAUGUAAUCUGACAACUUGAUCUAAUAUGUAUAUAUUGUUACAAGGGGGAGGGAGGGCACCGGAUACAUAUACGCUAUACAAGUCACUUGAUGUGUGUGUGUGUGUACUAUGAUACUCCCCGGGUGCCCAAACUGAAUUACUGUAUCUUUUUUUCUCUCACUAGAUUUAUACUCAUUUAAGAUUAUUGAAAAAUAAUUUGAUGAUUUUCUUUUUCACCAUAUAUAUAGUCUUUCAAAAUAUGAUCAUUAUUUGUAUAGAUGUCAGUAUGUUUAUUACAACAUCAAGAGAUGUAAAACAGUGUUCUUGUACUUGUUUGAAUCUUCCCAUUGA